AUGACAGUUAACAAAAGUUGUUAGAAAAUGUGAUAAAAUUAGCCUUUGGCAAAGUAAAUGAAAUAAAAAAAUUAAAAUAUAAUGGCAGCUUGUAGAGAACUCGAUUCAGUUAGCAGUACUUUAGAAGAAAUUGUUGACAGAGUGGAACUGGAAUUAAAAGAAAUUAAAACCGGAAAUGCUUCUCUCGAUUUACCGGAAGACAACUUUUCUUUGGCAAUAAAAAGUAGAUCUGCGAUCAGCGAAAUUUCAGGAUUGGAUGACAUCAGUUGCCGAAUUUGCUACGACUCUCAUCAAACCGCGCAGAUUGUAUUUCCUUGUUGGUGCAAGGGAACGAUCGGAGCAAUUCACUUGACCUGCUUGGAGCAAUGGCUGGAAGAGAGCAACAGAAAGAGUUGCGAGCUCUGCAGAUACGAGUUCCAAGUCGAAAGAACACCUCGAUACCGCGCCCUCCAGUCAAUUCCGGUCUGGCUCUGCCUCGGCAAUCAGAGGCACCGAAUUUCCGUGCGAAAUCUGCACUCUGAUGUACUUCGCUGCCUGCUUGUCACUCCGCUGACCGUGGCCUGCUCUUACGUCUGCGUGGUUGCGGCCGACUUUUAUUCGCAAAAUCAGACCUACGACAACUUUCCUCCGGCUCGAUGGACCACUUACUCUCUCCUGGCAAUGAUGACGCUCAUCAUCUUCUCCUAUUUCGUCUGGAUGUACACGGCCAUCGGGUACCAUCAGCGGGUCUGGUUCUACUGGUGGCAAAAGACAAGCGCCGUCAAGGUCACUUUACCUUUGGUCGCACCUAACGCCCAAGCCGAACUUCCGCUCAGAUUUACAGACAAAUACACCUAGAAAUUAAUUCAUGUCAAUUAAUUUGUUCUCGAAAAUUCAAAAGUGUUGAAUUUCAUCAACGGGCAUUUCAUAUGAAAUCGGGCAGUCUGGCCCUAGUGAUUUCACGGAAUUGUCUGAGGAUCAAAUAUAUUGUUUUCCUAGA